GAUCUGCUUCCUGUCUUGUUCUUGUUCCUUCCUUCUUUGCUCGAGCUCAGUUUCACACCCCUGUAGCUGGAGCCUGCUGUCCUGCAGCAGCGUGACAAACCAGACCUUUUCAAUCUCUUGCUCGCUUGCUCGCCCGCCCUUCUUCUUCAUCAUCUUCCACACGGGCUGCGUCGCCGUCGUCCCAAGCCUGCCUGCAGCUAUCCUUCUACCUGCCGGUUCGUUUGUAGUUCUUGGAGGGAGCUAGCAGUUCUCUGCGCGCCUGAGCUAGCCACCGGUUAAUCCAAGUCAUUCAUUACCGAUGGGGCGCGCGCCGUGCUGCGAGAAGAGCGGGCUGAAGAAAGGGCCGUGGAUGCCCGAGGAGGACGAGAAGCUCGUCGCCUACAUCAAGAAGCACGGCCAGGGCAACUGGCGCACCCUCCCCAAGAAUGCCGGGCUCGCACGGUGCGGGAAGAGCUGCCGGCUACGGUGGACUAACUAUCUGAGGCCGGACAUCAAGCGCGGCCGCUUCUCCUUCGACGAGGAGGAGACAAUCAUCCAGCUCCACAGCAUCCUCGGCAACAAGUGGUCAGCGAUCGCGGCGCGGCUGCCCGGGCGGACGGACAACGAGAUCAAGAACUACUGGAACACGCACAUCCGCAAGCGCCUGCUCCGCAUGGGCAUCGACCCCGUCACCCACGCGCCGCGCCUCGACCUCCUCGACCUCUCCGCGCUCUUCAAGCCCGCCGCCGCCGCCGCGUACUACCCCACGCAGGCCGACCUCGACACGCUCCGAGCCUUGGAGCCGCUCGCCAACUACCCGGACCUCCUCCGCCUCGCCUCCGCCCUGCUCUCUGGCCCGCCGGCGGCGCCCGCGAUCGGCGACCAGCAACCGCGGCAGCUUCUGCCGUGGAUUCUGCAGGCGCAGAUGGCGCAGCAGGCGGCCGCCGCCGUGGCGCAGGCGCAGCUGCAGGUGGCGCCGCAGGCCGAACAGUUCGUGCAGCAGCGGCAGGCGGCUGGAGCCGCGUGCCAAAUGCCGGACCUGGUCCACACGAGCCCGACGGUGCAGCAGCACCAGCAGGUCGCGGCCGCGCAGGAGCAGCAACACCAGCCCCAGGGCCAGGACGACAUGGCCGCGGCUUGCCACAGCAUGCAGCCGCAGCCGCCUACGGGCGGCUACGCCGUCGACACCCUCGACAUCCCAGCGCUGAUGCAGAUGGUGCAGGCCGACGACGCGUCGAACCUGCAGCAGUGGAGCAGCAUGAUCACAAGCAGCACCAACAACAACAACGUCGGCUCCGGCGUGUCCACACCGUCGUCCAGCCCGGUGCCGCGCUUGAAUCACUCCACCACCGCCACCACGACGUACGGCGGCGCGAGCGAUGCCGACGCCGCCGCGCUGUUCAACAUGCAGCUAUCUGAGCUCCUUGAUGUGACCGACUACAUGUAACAACGAGCUAGGAACAAAAAUCACGGGAGCACGGACCCGAUCCGUCGAAACUGUGUGCUAGGUCCUACACUUCAUCACGUGUACCGCAAGGGGCAAACGAAAAUCCAUCUCAGGACGGACGACGACGACGCAUUUUUGUACAGGAUCAUUGCUGCACCUCCUGUAAUUAUCCACUUGUUCGUUCGUUCAUGGUCGGAUCAGUGAUAGAUUAAUUACUGUUAGAAGCUUCCCAUGAGUCUCUUUCGAUCGGUUCGUCACACUACUGUAAUUAUUUUCUUCUUUUCAAUCUAGCUGGACGUGUGUGGUGCGUGUCA